UAAACCGGCAGCAGUGUAACCUUUUUCCUGGUGGAAAUUGUGUCAGCCAGAACAGGAGGAAGAAGCAGAAAAAGGCAAAUAAUACACCACGUCGCAAUAAUCGCACACAAGAAACGGCAUUGAAGGCCAACACGGACCGGGGGGAUUAGUGAAAAGUUUAAUCCAAGGCCUUAAAGGAGCCUUCAGUGAUAAAAACGCACGUAAAUUAUAUAAUUUUAAUGCUUUUGGUGUUUAAACUAGGUGCACAUAUAGGGCAAGCGUGAACGUGGCAUUAUAAUUCGGCCGAAAAAGCAGCAGCGGUUGCAACCGGGAGCAACGACGACGACGACAACGACGCCAUCCGCCUGCGGUCAGCAAUGUUCAACCCCGUGGAAGCCCUUGCCAGUGUGAGCGGUGCAUCGGUACCCGCAAUCCGGCUCAUUCUUUCCGUCCUGCUCGCCUACCCGAUCGGAACGCUCUAUCGACAGCUCAAGGGUGGUUCGACGGUGCGAAAUCUCUACAUUGCCCUGACCGGUCUAUCGAUCGUGGUGUUUAACUAUGGCACCGACAUCUACCACAGCUUACUGGCCGUUGCGGUUAGCUUCCUGUGCAAUACCUUCCUCGGCCGGAGCACACUGCUGGUACCGGUGAGCUUCUCCUAUCACAUGGGAUAUUUGCUAAUUGGUUACUAUUACACGACAAGCGAUACGUACGACAUUAAAUGGACCAUGCCACACUGUGUGCUGGUGCUGCGUUUGAUCGGUCUUGCAUUCGAUCUGUCCGACAGCAGAACGAAGGAACGGAAUGGCAAACCGGACGCGAAAUGCAUCCCGGCACCGACACUGCUGGAGCUGAUUGCAUUUACCUACUUUCCCGCCACCGUGCUCGUGGGGCCCCAGUUUAGCUUCCUGCGCUACCAGCGCUUCAUCGCCGGUGCGUACGAACCGCACACGCAGAAUGCACCCGCGUACGCGAUGAAGAAAUUUCUCCAGGGUGUGUUCUAUCUCGUGGUGAACCAGGUCGGCACCCAGUACGUCUCCGAUGCGUACCUCCUGUCGGAGGAGUACGAGCAGGAAUCGCUCUUCAUGAAGCACAUCUAUCUGGGCGCCUGGGGACGGAUAACGCUGUACAAAUACAUCUCGAUCUGGCUGCUCGCGGAAGGUGCUGCCGUUAUUUACGGUCUUACGUACAUUGACGCGAAACCGGGCGAACGGGAGUACUGUUCGGAUGAGCUGUCGGGCUGUAGCAACAUUAAGGUGGGCGUUUUCGAAAAUACCAGCAAGUACGGCCACUACGUCGAAUCGUUCAACGUGCAAACCAACACGUGGGUCGCGAAUUAUGUGUACAAGCGUUUGCGCUUCCUCAACAAUCGCAUGCUGUCGCAUCUCGGUGCGUUGUUCUUCCUUGCGGUCUGGCACGGUUUCCACAGCGGCUACUACAUUACAUUCCUGCUAGAGUUUAUGGUUAUCCGGAUGGAGAAGGAGGUUGAGCCGAUAUUUGCCAAAAGCGAUAAGCUGCAGCAACUGCUCCAACAGCAACCUCUCCUGCGGGCACUCGUGUUCGUCGGGCUCAAGUAUUACACUAUCGUGUGGGCCGGCUGGUGUCUCGUUCCGUUCGUAUUUCUGAGCUUCCACAAAUGGUGGCACAUCUACACGGUAGUGCGCUUCUCCGGCUUUAUCCUGUUCAUCGGUGGCAACAUCUUCCUCGCUCCGCUGUUGCGUGCCGUGCUGCCUCGAUCCGCCACGGCAAAGCCAACGACCGUGACUGGUUCCUCUGCAUCAACGACUCAAACCGCCGGUGCCGGUGGCCCAUCGGAAGCAAAGAAAGACAAUUAAACGAUUCUCCUCGUCGAACAUCGAACGAACAUCGAUUCGGGGAUGAAUUCAGACACGCCUAAAACACGUUUGCCUAGCACUAACGUACUUCUACAGCGCGCGCUUCUGUUUGCGCGAUCGACGUGAGAUCUCGUUUUUAACACGGUGCUGCGUGUGUGUGUGUGUUUUGCGCGUUUGGGUCGCCGGCCCGCUUCCUCCAAGUACUUUAAUUCAUUCAAUUUUUACUACACACAAAUGCAAUUACGGCGGAACGAAAAGUGUGCUAGACGAAGCGACAACCAAAUAACAAAGUAUAUUCGAAGCCAUCCUCUAUUGCACGUUACAAAAUGCGUAGUAAAACACAUUCGCGAGUUAUUCGCGACACAGAGAUACACACACACACACACACACACUUGCUCUUAUUUGGGUGUAACGGCCUUACUGCUAAACUUUAUGUGUACCUCGUAGCCGUAUAGGGAUCACUCCUCGACAUACACACACACACACUAGCCUAAUAUAUAUAUAUACGAUCAUACUGUUGCUCUACCAGAUAAAACUAGGUUAAUCUCCCGAUAAGGCACAUUAUACUUGAUGGCGAACGUUUGUUAUGUCGCGAGUAAAUUAUGACCCGGCAACCGUCGGAGAUACUGCUUGAAAGCUCCUCUUACACACACACACGCAAAUACUACUAUUCCUCUAUCCUUACGCUAUACACCCCGAUUUGCCUCGUUAUUAUCAUCUUCCAGAGUGUGUCGGAGUCAAAGACAAGGGACGUACCAAAACGAAAACGUUUAAAAGCAAAUAUUUACCCAUUUUUCUCCAGAGCGAACUAUUUGACCACUUUUCCGGUUUGUUCGCAAACAGAACAGCUCAAGUACUACUACGGUUACAGGAUAGUGAGACAUGUAGCCACCCCCGAAUUGAUUUUUGUAGUAGUUGGUGAGGUUAGGUUUUUUUUUUUAAACAGCGAUUAAAAUACCGUACCGAGAUUAGGGGAAGGAUAGGCAGGUGUGGAGGUAUUUAGUGAAAGGAGUUAUUUUUAGAUGCGGAUACCCUAGAAUAAAGCAGUACUAGUCAUAUUCUUCGUUUCGAGAGACAAGUUGAAACAGAAAAUACAAAACAUUUAAAA